AUGGCUCUAUCUCUCGUUAUUUGUGCUGGUGGCCUUGCUCUUGGUAUCGCACAGCAUGCUGGCAGCCUCAAAAGAGAGGAACAUCCCAAGCUCUCGGUCUCUAUGUGCACCGCUUCAGGCUGCAUAUCACAGGAGAAGGAGGUCGUGAUCGAUCAGAAUUGGCGGUGGGUGCACAAGAGAGGACAGCCAGUGAAUUGCUACACGGGUAACCAAUGGGAUACGAGUAUUUGCCCUGAUCCAAAAACGUGCGCGGCGAAUUGCGAGGUCGGUGCUGCCGACACGGAGUAUGCAAGCACAUAUGGAGUGACGACCAAUGGUGAUGAGCUGAAGAUGGGUUUCGUCACGCAAGGGGCUUAUUCGAAAAACGUCGGGUCCCGAAAUUUCCUCAUGGAUGAUGAAUCAACGUACUACAUGUUCAAAUUGAAGAACAAGGAGUUUACUUUUGAUGUUGAUGUGUCAAAGUUGCCCUGCGGUCUCAAUGGUGCCGUGUAUUUCGUCGAGAUGGACGCUGAUGGAGGCAUGGCGAAGAAUCCCACUAACAAGGCUGGAGCUAAGUAUGGGACGGGUUACUGCGAUGCACAAUGCCCGCAGGACGUGAAAUUCAUUAACGGCGAGGGCAAUGUCGUCAACUGGACAGCCACAGGGCCAGGUACUGGUGUAGGCCAAUAUGGCGCAUGCUGUACAGAGAUGGACGUAUGGGAAGCGAACAGCAUCAGUACGGCGUACACAGCUCAUUCGUGCACGACUGAUGGCCAUCGGCGUUGCGAGGGGGAUGACUGUGGCAACACAGCUGGCAGUCGCUACAAGGGGCUGUGUGACAAGAACGGUUGUGACUUGCAGACUUACCGUUUGGGCAACACGACUUUCUUUGGCAAGGGCGGCGUCAUUGACACCUUGCAGAAGGUGACAGUUGUUAAGAUGGCACGGACAGUGGGGACCUCAAGGAAAUUCGCCGUCAUUAUGUCCAGAACGGAAAGAAGAUCGGCACCCCCGAAUUGA